CUGCCGUCGGCAUGGGUCGCGCCGCCGCUGGCGAGCGCGACCCCGGCGCCCGUGCUGCCGCUGCCCGCCACGCGGACGCCGCCGGGGCGGGCGCCGCACGGGCCCCCGAAGGGCGCCGCGAGUGUGCGCUGGCCGGGCCAGCCCUUCCGGCGCGAGCAGGGGCGCCCGGAGCUCGUGGUCACGGAGGCCACGGGUCCCUUGGUCCUCGCCCUGGAGGACGAGGACCUUGACCCGAGGUGCGGCGGCGCGUUCCUCUCCGCGCUGGCCGCGCGCCCGGGCGGGGGCGGCGCGCCCGCGGCACGCGAGGCCUCCGAUGCUUCGGCCUCGGCAGACGCCGCGUGCGCCGCCGACUGUGGCGCGGCCGGGCCAAGGC